AGCAAGAUAAGGGGCGGGGCCAGCAGCAAUUGCCCCUUAUAAAGCUUCCCGCCGGCACGUUUUUGCAGCUGCGGGAUUUUGUUGGCGCCAGGUGUGUGCAGGAUGGAGGCACCGGCUGUGUUGGCAGAACCCUCCGUCGAGGUCCUGAAAUCGUCCCUCCCUGAGCUCAACGGGGUUUCGAUCAACGAUGUGUUGGUUACAGCUUCGCCCAGUGUCAAAAACCAUCUUCCGAAGGCGGCAGCGGAAGAAUCGGAGGAAUCCGAAGCAGAGAUGUUCCGAUCCAAAGCACCCCCUCCCGUAGGGCUCUGGACCACCAAGCGCAACGGAGAAGUCAAGCUGAGAAUAGACGAGAGCGGAAUCGGCUGCGAGCCCCCCAUCAGGAUCCACGAACUGCUCCUGGAGUCCGUCCGGAAAUAUGGGAACUUCAACGCAGUGACCAUGAAGAAGGGGGGGAAGUGGAGCUCGCUGACUUUCAGGGAGUACUAUGAGCAGUGCCGGAAGGCGGCCAAAAGCUUUCUCAAGCUGGGCUUGGAGCCUUUCCAUGGCGUGGGCAUCCUGGGAUUCAAUUCCAUCGAGUGGUUCCUGGCCGACAUCGGAGCGAUCCUCGCUGGUGGCUUUGCUGUUGGUAUUUAUACCACCAACUCCCCCGAGGCCUGCCAGUACGUGGCGGAGAACUGCGACGCCAACAUCAUCGUAGUGGAGAACGACAAGCAGCUCCAGAAGAUCUUGGAGGUAAAGCAGAAACUCCCUUGCUUGAAAGCCAUCAUCCAGUAUGGUGAACCUCUCAAGGAGAAGCUGCCAAAUCUCUAUGACUGGAAUGAAUUUAUGGCUUUUGGCGACUCCAUCACCUGUGAGCAGUUGGAUAAAACAAUCGAGGCCCAGAAGCCGAACCAGUGCUGCACCCUCAUUUAUACCUCCGGGACGACGGGACAACCAAAGGGAGUCAUGCUGAGCCAUGACAACAUAACAUGGACUGCCCGGGCAGGAGCGCGGUUUGUUGGCUUAAGUUCUGCGCUGGAGCACCAGGAACAGGUGAUCAGCUACCUGCCGCUCAGCCACGUUGCCGCGCAGAUGAUUGAUAUCUGGCUACCGCUGACCCUUGGGGUGCAGAUCUACUUUGCCCAGCCCGAUGCUCUGAAGGGCAGCUUGGUGGAAACCAUGAAGGAGGUCAGGCCCACGGCAUUCAUGGGGGUCCCUCGGGUCUGGGAGAAGAUGCAAGAGAAGAUGAAAUCGGUUGGAGCCAAGUCAUCGUCCCUGAAGCGGAAGAUUGCAACCUGGGCGAAGGCAGUCGGGCUAGAAACCAACAUCAAGCGGAUGAAUGGAUGUACUGAGCUCCCAAUGAACUACCGCCUGGCCAGGGCGCUGGUGUACAAGAAAGUCCGGAAGGCGCUGGGCUUGGAUCGCUGCACCAAAUGCUUCACAGGGGCCGCCCCCAUCAUGAAGGAAACCUUGGAAUACUUCCUGAGUCUCGACAUUCCAAUUUAUGAACUCUACGGGAUGAGCGAAAGUUCAGGGCCCCACACCGUCUCUCAUCCCGGCUGCUUCAAGUUGACAAGUUGUGGCAGAGAAAUCAUGGGUUGCAAGACGAUGAUUUCCAAACCGGACAGCGACGGCAACGGAGAGGUUUGCUUUGCGGGCCGCCACAUCUUCAUGGGCUACUUGAACAUGGAAGACAAGACCAAAGAAGCCAUUGAUAGCGAGGGCUGGCUGCAUUCAGGGGACCUCGGGAAACACGACUCGGACGGCUUCCUUUACAUCACGGGGCGGAUCAAAGAGCUCAUCAUAACCGCUGGAGGCGAGAACAUCCCACCGGUUGCUAUUGAGGACUCUGUCAAGGAGGCCGUGCCCAUUCUGAGUAACGUCAUGCUGGUGGGGGACAAGGCCAAGUUCCUGGCUAUGCUUGUGACUCUGAAGUGCAACGUGAACAUGGAAACGGGGGAUCCGGAGGACGAUCUGACGCCUGAGGCCAUCGACUUUUGCCGCAAACUGGGCAGCAAAGCCUCCAAAGUCUCCCAGAUCAUUGCAACCAAAGAUCCGGCUGUGUAUGCCGCCAUCCAGAAAGGGAUCACAAUGGUGAACGACCGAGCUGUCUCCAAUGCCCAGAAGAUCCAAAAGUGGAUGAUCCUUGACAAAGACUUCUCUAUCAACAGUGGGGAAUUGGGUCCCACGAUGAAGCUGAAGAGACCUGUGGUGGUCAAAAUGUACAAACAGCAAAUAGACCAGUUAUACGCUGUGGAAACACCGGAUGCUAACUAACCAGCAAACAAGCACAUACCUCUGGCCUGCCUCUACUAGAAUCUAGUCCGUCACUUCCUUCCCUCCUUCGCUGCUGUCCUUUGGUGAACGUGACCCUGUUUUUUGGCAUGGACUCGUCUCCCUUUUUUUUUAGUGCAGAAAGAAACACACUCUUUCCUCGAUGUGUUUGGAAAAACGAGGUCUCAAUAAAGGCAGCUCUCUGA